AUGGAUUUAAUUACAUUGCCUUCAAUACACGCCAAGAGGAUCCUUUCCACCGAAAAUUCAGAUGUAAUUUAUAAAUAUAGCCCUGAUCACGAAACAAUGGAAAAACAACCUGAAAAGCUUGAGAUCUUUGAAAUACCUUAUCAAGGUAUUUUUAUACAUCUAAAGCCCAUGUAUCAUGACACAAUAGAAUCGUUCAGAAAACAUCAUGACAAUAGACUCUUCUUAGAUCUUCUUUCAUUAGAGUCAUCCCCCAUGUCUUCAAGCAGUAACGAUAUGCAAAUGAUGCAACGAGAAAUUGAGGAAUAUAACAAAGCUGCUUGUGACACAAUGGCUAUAUAA